UCAUUCACGUCCCCAAACUUUCCAUUUCAAUAUGACAGCAAUGCCCAAUGUGUCUGGGUCAUUACGGCUGAAAAUCCUAACAAGGUUAUUCAAAUCAAUUUUGAAGAAUUUGAUUUAGAAAUAGGCUAUGACACUUUGACAAUUGGAGAUGGAGGAGAAGUCGGAGAUCCAAAAACUGUUUUGCAAGAGUUAACAGGAAGCUUUGUUCCAGACCUAAUAGUGAGCAUAAGUAAUCAGAUGUGGCUUCACUUACAAACUGAUGACAGCAUUGGCUCAAUUGGUUUUAAGGUGAACUAUAAAGAAAUUGAAAAAGAGAGCUGUGGUGACCCUGGGAACACCUCUAUAUGGUAUUCGAGAAGGAGAUGGUUUCUCCAAUGGAGAUAUGUUAAGAUUUGAAUGCCAAUUUGGAUUUGAAUUAAUAGGUCAGAAGUCAAUAACUUGCAAAGAAAAUAAUCAAUGGUCAGCCAAUAUACCAAUAUGUAUCUUUCCAUGCUUAUCAAAUUUUACUGCACCAAUGGGGACAGUUCUCUCUCCAGACUAUCCAGAAGGCUAUGGAAACAAUCUGAACUGCAUUUGGACUAUAAUUUCUGAUCCAGGGAGUCGGAUUCAUCUGUCCUUUAAUGACUUUGACUUGGAAUCUCAGUUUGACUUUCUUGCUAUUAAAGAUGGGGAUUCUUUAGAUGCACCAAUAUUGGGAACUUUCACAGGUGCUGAAGUCCCUUCCCAUCUUACCAGUAACAGUCAUAUAUUGCGUUUGGAAUUCCAAGCUGACCAUUCAAUGUCUGGACGAGGCUUUAAU